AUGUAUGCUGCAACAAGUACUUACCUUUCUCAGCUGAUAAAUGUCCCAAAAUUGAAAGCUAUCAUUUUUGCCGAAUUCGAUGCAGACAAAGGGCCAGUAAUUAGAAUACAAAUACCCGAUUUUCUCUUCGAUGCAAAAAGAUUUGAUACAUUUUCAAAUGCUGUAAUCCCUAAACCGGAACUGUUUCAUCGGCUAAUCAAAGUGAACCACGUUGAAAACAGUGAUGGAAAAGUAUACAAAGUGAUAGGGCAUCCUGUUGGUAUCGAGUCUGAUUCAUAUGCUCGCGGUCGCUAUAUAUUCAACGUCUGUUUUGUGGUUGAUAAGAACAGUCAGAUUGAUUGCAUGUACGAACCGAUGGUUCAGAAAUGUGCGGCUUAUUUAACGCAAAUGGAGAAGGAUACGCGGUUUUUGUCACAAUCGCAGAGUAAAUUGCCUGAUUUAUUGCUGGAAAUAUUCAAAGGCCUUAACGAGCAUGGUGAAUGCAAAAUCCCUGUUACUGAUCAAACAACUAUAUACUUAAAAUUGUGUCCUUCGUUUCAUGGUAUUGAGCCACCUAAGGUAGAGCCAUACAUGGUGCCGAUGUUUACACAAAUACCACCGCCAAAUACACCAAAUCAUAUCUCAAAAAUGGAUGUUCUAUCACAGAAGAUUUGUCCUAAAGUGGACGGUGUAUGUUGCAUUAAAGAAAUUGCCAUGUUAGUACAAAUAGAUACUGAUCUAGUAAUGCGAUGUGUUCGUAAUUUGCAUUUCUAUGGUUGUUUAACAUUAAUACCUCUCUUUAUGUAUGCUAACACAUACGUUGCCACCGAACAGCUACAUGAUUUUUAUAUGAAUACCGAUCUUAUCAAAACAGGUAUGACAAUGAAAGAUUGGUGUGAAAGGAUGUCUCCUAGGCAGUACAAUGUUGAUGAAAGACGUGCGAUACAAUUUGGUAUAUGCCACGGAUUUGUUCGAAAGCUGUGCAUUUAUCCUGUGUCUUUGAAGAAGUGCGAUAUGCGAAGGAUAGCUAAAUUAUGCGAUGGUACUCGCUCUUUGGAAGAUUUAGCAGUCAUUUUUGCUAUUUCACCAGUUAGAUUGUUGGAAGCUGUUCGUGAUGACGGAAAUUUUGUUUUCAUUUCAAAGUAG